AAUCCACAAACAUAGACCAAUCUAACAAUGGCUAUUCUUGGUCCCCAUAAUCAGUGGCCUACUCUCAACCACGCUAAAAAGAAAUAAGGCAACAUCACUCCAAUCAAUCAUUGACACCUGCCCUUUUCUUAUGUUCUCACUUACUUGGACAAGUGAAUAAACUACUUCAGGACCCAUCCUUUUUCCAUAUAUAAAUCCAUUAUUGGAUGCCAUUGCCAUUGCCAUUGCCAUUGCGAAUUCAAAGCCUGCGAGUUUCAGGUUGUGGAGGCUCAAAAGGUAGCUGCAAUGGAGAACUCUAAUGGAAAGAACACGUUUAAACUAAUUGUGAAACAAGGGGAUCCUAUUUUGGUAACCCCAGAGGAGGAGACAGAGAAAGGUCUCUACUUCCUCUCAAAUCUUGAUCAAAACAUUGCAGCCAUUGUCCGUACAGUGUAUUGCUUCAAGUCAAACGAGGAGGGUAAUGCAAAUUCUGCAGAAGUGAUAAGAAAUGCAUUGGAAAAGGUUCUUGUUCACUACUACCCUCUUGCUGGCCGGCUCACAAUAAGCUCAGAAGGAAAGCUUAUUGUAAAUUGCAAUGGAGAGGGUGCUGUUUUUGUUGAGGCUGAAGCAAAUUGUGAAAUGGAAAAAAUUGGAGGCAUUACAAAGCCUGAUCCUCAUACUCUUGGAAAGCUUGUUUAUGACAUUCCUGGUGCAAAGAACUUCCUUCAAAUGCCUCCUCUUGUUGCUCAGGUAACCAAAUUCAAAUGUGGAGGAUUUGUGCUUGGAUUGUGCAUGAACCAUUGCAUGUUUGAUGGAAUUGGAGCAAUGGAAUUUGUAAACUCAUGGGGAGAAAUAGCAAGAGGCUUGCCACUUUCAAUCCCACCUUUUAUGGACAGAAGCAUUCUUAAAGCAAGAAACCCACCAAAAGUAGAAUACCUUCACCAAGAAUUUGCAGAGAUAGAAGACAAGUCGAAGACAAAUAACCUUUACAAAGAAGAAGAAACUCUCUACAAUUCAUUCUGUUUCAACCCUGAAAUGAUCAACAAAAUCAAAACAAAAGCCAUGGAAGAUGGGACUGUUGAAAAAUGCACAACUUUUGAAACCCUUACAGCUUUUGUAUGGAGAGCUAGAACAAAAGCACUUAAUUUGGUACCUGAUCAAGAAACCAAGCUACUGUUUGCUGUUGAUGGGAGGCCUAAAUUUAACCCUAAGCUGCCAAAAGGAUAUUUUGGGAAUGGAAUUGUUUUAACAAACUCUAUAUGCAAAGCAGGUGAACUAUUAGAGAAUCCAUUGUCAUAUGCAGUAAGGUUAGUUCAAAAUUCAGUUAAAGCAGUAACAGAUUCUUACAUGAGGUCUGCCAUUGAUUAUUUUGAAGUGACAAGAGCAAGGCCUUCUUUGGCUUCUACUCUUCUGCUAUCUACUUGGUCAAGAUUGUCUUUUCACACUACAGAUUUUGGUUGGGGAGAGCCAAUUUUAUCAGGACCAGUUGCUUUGCCUGAAAAAGAAGUGAGUUUAUUCUUAUCACAUGGUAAUGAGAGAAAAAGCAUACAUGUGCUUUUGGGUUUGCCUGCUUCUGCCAUGAAAGUCUUCCAAGAACUUAUGCAGAUAUGACAAGAAAAAGGAAAGAACAGAAUAUAUAAUACAUGUAUUAUCUGUUCUUCAUGUUGUUGAUUUUAGUUAUGCAUGGUGGCUUGAAUCAAUCUCUUCCACUUUGAAUCUAUAUAUCUAUGCAAAAGGAGAGAUUUUACAUCCUGUGAACUUCUACUAGACAAAUAAUUAAUUGUAUACCAAAGUAGUCAAAAUUGCAAUAAUCUAUAAUUUAUUACCUAAGGAGAUGUGAUCUUGUAUUUUUCUAUAUUUUCAAUUUAUGCAAUGAAAGAAAUUUACACUUUCUUUGUCUCUA